AUGGAUAAAACAAAAACCUUUUCUAAUACUAAUAAUUCUACAAUAUUAACCAAAGAAUUAGAAAAAGAUGAUACUAAUGUUUUAAAAAAAUCUCAAUCAACUAUAUCAAAAGGUGUUGAAUUAACAUGGUGUGAUAUUAAGGUAAGUGUACCAUAUGGAAAAUCAAGAAAAGAUGUCUUAAAAGGCGUAUCAGGAAUUGCAAAACCAGGUGAAAUGUUAGCAAUUAUGGGUUCAUCAGGAGCUGGUAAAACAACAUUACUAAAUUUAUUAACAAAUAUUGAUCAAACAAAAAUAAAAAAAUCAGGAUCUGUUCGUGUUAAUGGAAAAUAUCUUACAGUAAAAGAGAUGCGAACAAUUUCUGCAUAUGUCCAACAAAUUGAUGUUUUUGCUCCAAGAUUAACUGUCCUGGAACAAUUAAAUAUAUCAGCCAAACUUCGAAUGGGUAGAAAAUGUGAUAAACUUAAAAAAGAAGAAACUGUUGAAAGAUUGUUAAGGCAAAUGAGAUUAGGUGAUUGUAAAAAUACGAUGAUUGGUUCACCAUCAACACAAAAAGGUAUUUCAAUUGGUGAAAAAAAACGUUUAGCAAUAGCAUGUGAAUUAAUGGAUGAUCCAAAAAUUUUAUUUUGUGAUGAACCAACAUCAGGUUUAGAUUCUUAUAUGGCAUUUCAAGUAGUUACAGCAAUGGAACAUCAAGCAAAAUUUAAUAAAACUAUUGUUUCCACAAUUCAUCAACCUUCAAGUGAAGUUUUUUACAAAUUUGAUAAAGUUUGUUUAAUGGCAAAUGGAAAAGUUGCUUAUUUUGGACCUGUAAAAGAAUUAACAAAAUUUUGGUAUUCAAUAUCAACUACAUUAAAUUGCCCACCAAGUUACAAUCCAGCUGAUUUUGCCAUUAAAAUGUUAUCAAAUUCAGAUGAUGCAGAUCAAACUACAGUCAAUAAUCGUAUUGAAAUGAUUACUGAAGCUUAUGAAAAAUCUGAAUAUUGUAAUGAAAUAUUUAAAAAUGUACAAGAAAUAAAUACUCAAACAGCAGUAGAAGAUGAUAAUUAUAAAAUUUCAACAGAAUAUGCAGCAUCAUUCUGGACACAAUUAGAAUUAAUGAUAUGGAGAGGAUUUAAAACAUUAUCCAGAGAACCAAUGUUAUUUAAAACACGAAUUGUUCAGACACUUUUUACUGUUUCUAUACUUGUAGCAUUAUAUUGGAAUAUGGAACUUAAUGCAUCAACAAUUCAAAAUUUUCAAGGUUUAUUAUAUCUAACAGCACUUCAAUUAAAUAUGUUCCUAUUUUCGACUGCUUUUACAUUAACAUCAGAAUUACCACUUGCAAUUAGAGAAUAUAAAGCUGGUAUUUAUGGACUUUGGCCAUACUAUAUAGGAAAAUCAUUAUCAGAAGUUCCACAAAUUACAUUAUUAGGACUUCUUUUUUCAACAGCAUUAUAUUGGUCAACAGGUUUAUAUCGAGAAAUUUAUUCAUUUAUAAAAUUUGCCACCGUCAAUACAAUAACAAUAAAUACCUCAUUAGCAUUUGCCCAUAUGGCAGCAUGUAUCUUUUUUGUAGAAGAACAUACCAUGUUAUUUUUAUGUGCAUUAGGAUAUCCAUUAGUUCUUUUUGCUGGUUUUUAUAUGCGUUCACCAUUAAUUCCAUUAUAUAUGAAACCCCUAGAAUAUUUAUCAUUUUAUCAAUAUGCUCAUACAUCAAUAUUAGCAAAUCAAUGGUCAAACAUUGGGCAUAUCAAAGGUUGUAUAUCACCUAAUGAAACAAUAACACCAAAUUCUAUUGAGAGGCAUUGCCAAUAUUCAACAGGACAGGAGAUUCUUGAAAGUAAUGGUUUAACAAAUAUGUCAUAUUGGUAUAAAAUAAUUUCAUUUAUGGGAUUAUUUUUAUUCUUCAAAAUAGUUGGUGGUGUAGCCCUACAUGUUCGCGGGAGAAUGAUGAAAUAA